AUGGAACGACGGAGGAUUAAUUGGGGAUCUCUUGCUUACAAUUUGCGCACCAAGACUCGUCGUAAUAAACUUUCAAGAAGUUCACCGAAUCUAAGUGCAAGUUCAAGAACGCAAUUUGAUGAUGAUUUCGAUAAUGAUGAUUAUGGUUUCAUCACGAAACCACCCCCACCAGUUCCCGCACCUCCAAUUCCGCCGAUACCUUUGGAAUUUCAGGACGAAUACCAGCAGCGUUUGAACGAGCAGAGAAAGAAAUUGUACUGGGAAAACAUAAAACGCCAACUCAUUGUUUACUACAGUCAUCAUCAGCAACAUCAUGAAUCGAAGCACAUUGAACGCAUGUCAAGAAGACGAGGAUCAAGUGAACAUAUAAACAACUUAGCCAUGGAAACCACGAGCGUCGCCCCGAAGCAACUUUCAUUAAUUAAGCGCCAAAAAAACAAACAAAACCCCAGAGCAAAAUCAGUUCCUGCUCAGUCAUCGUUUGGAUUAGAUGACGAUUGGAUAAGCGAGAGGAAUCGAAGGGAAAGUGAAUAUUUGGAUCAAGUUUGUGAAGUGCAAGAUUGUUGUGAGAGUUUCGAGGAUUUUCAAGAAGAAGGAAGUAAAGAUACGUUAUCACCUUUGUGUGUAAAGUGUCUAGUGAGAUAUUACAAUAAUCGUCCAAGUAAUACGAACAAUCCAACCAUGUCUCGUAAAUCUGGGCCAUCAACAUUUGUUCUUAUGCAACGAACAAAAGCCACCAGACGCAGACAUUCUGCAAAAUAUUUACAUAAUGUCUGCGAUAAACCAGCAAUUCAGUGA